CAGCGCCCCCUGCCCUUCUCCGCACCCCCCGCCGCAGCGCCCCUGCCCUUCCCAGCGCCCCGCGCUGCAGCGCGCGCCGGAGCCGGGAGGGGGCGCCGGGCGCGGCGGGGGAUUCGAGCGCGUUAUAAGCGCGGAGCCCCAGCGCGGUUCCGAGACGCCGCGCUCGCAGCCCAGAGGGACCCGCCGCCCGCAUGGCCCCCGCCCGCCGCCCCGCCGGAGCCCGCCUGCUGCUCGUCUACGCGGGCCUACUGGCCGCCACCGCCGCUGGCCUCGGCUCCCCGGAGCCCGGCGCGCCCGCGGGGAGCCGCGCCCGCGAGGAGCCGCCGCCCGGGAACGAGCUGCCCGCGGGCCCCGGGGAGAGCCGCGCGGGGCCGGCCGCCCGCCCGCCGGAGCCCAGCACCGAGCGAGCGCGCAGCAUCGACCCCCAUGAUGCCUGGAUGCUCUUCGUCAGGCAGAGUGACAAGGGUGUCAACAGCAAGAGUGUGAGCAGAGGCAAGGCCAAGAAGCUGAAGCUCGGCCUGCCAGGGCCCCCUGGUCCCCCCGGCCCCCAGGGCCCCCCAGGCCCCGUCAUCCCACCAGAAGUACUGCUGAAGGAGUUCCAGCGGCUGCUGAAAGGCGCGGUGCGGCAGCGCGAGCGCGCGGAGGCCGAACCCUGCACGCGCGGCCCCACCGCGGUCCCGGCCGCCACCAGCGGGAACGAGGAGGCGGCGGCGGCGGGGGCCGCGGACGUGCUGGCGCUGCUGGCCGCGCCCCUAGCCCCGGGCCCGCGGGUGCCGCGCGUCGAGGCCGCCUUCCACUGCCGCCUGCGCCGGGACGCGUCGGUGGAGCGGCGCGCGCUGCACGAGCUCGGCGUCUACUACCUGCCCGACGCCGAGGGCGCCUUCCGCCGCGGCCCCGGCCUGAACCUGACCAGCGGCCAGUACACGGCGCCCGUCGCCGGCUUCUACGCGCUCGCCGCCACGCUGCACGUGGCGCUCGGGGAGCAGCCGAGGCGGGGGCCGCCGCGCCCCCGGGACCGCCUGCGCCUGCUCAUCUGCAUCCAGUCCCGGUGCCAGCGGAACGCCUCCCUGGAGGCUGUGGUGGGCCUGGAGAGCAGCAGCGAGCUCUUCACCAUCUCGGUAAAUGGCGUGCUCUAUCUGCAGACGGGCCAGUACACCUCCGUAUUCCUGGACAACGCCAGCGGCUCCUCCCUCACGGUGCGCAGCGGCUCCCACUUCAGCGCUAUCCUCCUCGGCGUGUGAGCGGCCACCCCAGGCCCUUGCUCUUGCUGGGCAAACAGGGCUAGGGUCCAAAUGAUCUCUGGGCAGUGUCGGAGUGGCAGAGGCCACACACAGGAGGAAGUCCCCUGCAACUGCCCCCACUGGCCACCGCAGUUCAGCCCAGAGAUGGCCACAACAGCCAGCCCCAGGAGGUGACAUGGAAACUGGCAGUCCUGGAACCCGGAUGACUUCAGGAUGCUGUCAUUCAAAAAUGGGAAAAGCCCCAUUGGGCUGUUAUUCUGGAAAUGUUUCCAGUGAGGUUCAGUGUGCCCAGGAGCACUUGCUUUUGUCCCUGGCUGCACACCGGGCCCCUCCUGGCCGGUUGGGCACCUUGCCCAGAAAGCAUCAACUGCCUUGCUGUGGCAGAGCCCUUCCUUUUCCAUCUUUCUUAGCGUUCUCUUGGGCUGCCAGGAGUGCCAGCCUGGAGGGAAAGGCUGGUCAGCCUGCCCAGGUGCCCUGUGUGCAGGGGGAGGGCCUCCCAGGGAAAGCGAGCUGCAUGGCAAAGCCGCCAUGAGCAACAGCCUUCCCACAGCUCCCCUCUCCACCUGGGGCCCUCUGGUCCGCACCUGCUCUUCCCCCAACAGUGUCUUUGGCCUGCCCAGGGACCUCAGGGUGCUGCUUGGCCUGCAGUGACCACAGGACUCAAGACUCUCAUUGUAGCUCCUUGGCAGAGCAACCUUGGAAACCACAGAGACGCUGGAAAGGGCUUAUGAAGGGACAGUGAGAGUCUGGGCCUGCCUUUGAGGAGCUGUGGUCACUUCUAAGGUGUGCAAGAUGACCUGCAAGUUCACCUCGCAGAUGGCCUUUCCAAACAGGAGCUAUGCUCUUCCCCUCCUCAGGAAAUCCUUCCCUUUUCCCAUCCCCGUUGAGGUCUCAGUGCUGGGAUCCACCCACCAGAUGAAAGAUCUAGAACAUCUUUGCAGAUUAGAGACGGCCAGGCCCUGCCCAGCCAUCUGAACAGACACAGCAGAGGCUUCCCAGGAGCUGACAGCUCCCACUGCCCACCUAUGGCCUAGCUUGGUCCAACCAGCUCGGGGGUUAUUCAAAGCAUCUUCCCUAAUUGGGUGGAAACGGGGCCCCGAGCUCGGACGGGUGGAGGAGACAGUGCCGAGAACGAGCUGGUCCUGGGAAGGCUGGGUCCCAAGUCCGCCAUGCUGCAGUAGCAGUGAUGGGACCCGGGUGGGGGAGGGGGACGUGUUCCUGUGAGGAGACAUGGGUGUUGCCCUGCAGCAUGUUUCUUCCAAGGUGCAGGGGCCCCCACUGCCUGCUGAGGAAGUUACCCCAACCCGUCCCUACAUACAACGGGCUACCGGGACCUGGAACCACAGGUUGUCCUGGGGGCCAAACUGCUCUAGCAAGGGUGUGUUCAGGCCUGGGAGGGAAGAGGGCACUGGCCAGUCACCUUAACCUAGCUGGCCUCAGGGUGCGCAGGUGACUGAUCCCCAGACUCAAAGACCUCCCUCCUCAAGCACGGUACACGCCGACCCGUCUGUGCCCUCUGGCAGGCCUGGCACGGUUCUCAGUAGGACUCGCACCCGCCCUACCAGGAAGCGCCGGCCGGCCUGUCCUGCCUCCCCUUGCGCUUUGAUAAGGGGUGACGUGACCACACCCUUUUCUGGAUUUCACUUUGCAUCCAGUGGGCACAGAUAUUUUAGAGAAGUUCUCUUUUACCCUUGAAAAAGCCACAGAUCUCUUUCAUUUUCUCAAGUGUGUUACACAGCAAUUUAAUGAAGUAUUUAUUGUAUAAUAUUGCCAGGUAGAAUAUAUUUAUAUAUAACUGACUUUAUGAAGUGAUGCAAGUACGUAAGAAUUGUGUUAUGUGAUUAUACAAAGUUGCAAUAAAAACAAAGGGCAGACCUUAAAACACAGC